CCCUCGCACGUCCUCCUCCCAGACGUCGCCGCGCGCGUCCUCCUCGCCCUCCAGGCCGCUAUCCUGGCCCGAGUCGGUCCGCCGCCGCCAUGCUGCCCGCCGUCUUACUCCGCCGUCCCGGCCUGCGCCGCCUUGUGCGCCUGGCCCGCGCCUACGCCGAGGCCGCCGCCGCCGCCGCCGCCCCCUCUGCGGGCCCGGGGCAGAUGUCCUUCACGUUCGCCUCACCCACGCAGGUGUUCUUCAAUGGCGCCAACGUGCGGCAGGUGGACGUGCCCACACAGACGGGAGCCUUUGGCAUCCUAGCAGCGCAUGUACCCACUCUGCAGGUCCUCCGGCCCGGGCUGGUGGUCGUGCAUGCUGAAGACGGCACCACCUCCAAGUACUUUGUGAGCAGCGGCUCAGUCACAGUGAACGCUGAUUCCUCCGUGCAGUUACUCGCUGAAGAGGCGGUGACGCUGGACAUGCUGGACCUGGGGGCAGCCAAGAUGAACUUGGAGAAGGCGCAGUCGGAGCUGUCGGGGGCAGCAGAUGAGGCCUCAAGGGCUGAAAUCCAAAUCCGAAUUGAGGCCAGUGAGGCCCUGGUGAAAGCUCUUGAGUAGGCGGUGCGUGGCCCUCGCCAGCUGGGAAUCUGAGGCCGAGCUGGGCCGGGGAUGUCCCGAGAGGCUGACCCAGCUCCCCUGGGCCCAGUCUGACCGGGCAGUGGGACCCUGAGCGGUUCUUACCUGCGGGGAGCUGUUCUUGCCCAGGGGGCAGCAUGGUACCAGCUUCUGCAGCGCACCAGCUGGACCCUGCACAGCCCCCAGAGAGGAGGAGCCCCUGGCCUUGGUGGCUGGGGGGUGAUCUCAGAGGCCUUGCCCCGGCCUUGGGGGUCUGCCAUCCUAGGGGCCUCUCUUCCCACCUCCCUUGGUUCUCCCAAGCUGACCUGCCACCCCUUUGCCCCUGCAGAGCUUGCCACAGAGACUUCUGUCUGCUCCCAGUGCCUCCAUGGGACGCACUCCCAUUAAACACUGGAGACCCGA